CGGAGACAUCAUCACCAAAGAAAAAAACUAAAAAUGCUUAACUAUGUGAUUAUUCUUCCUUUAGCACUCUUUCUCUUGGCUUACAAAUUCUUCUUUACCUCCAAAAGGCAGCGUUACCAUCUCCCUCCCUCUCCAUCUUACUCUCUCCCAGUCCUCGGUCACCACCUCCUCAUCAAACCGCCCGUUCACCGUCUCUUCCACCGCCUCUCCAAUAUCCAUGGCCCAAUCUUCUACCUCCGGCUUGGUUCCCGCCGUGCCGUCGUCAUCUCUUCCUCCUCACUGGCAAGAGAAUGCUUCACAGGUCAAAACGACGUUGCUGUAUCAAACCGCCCUCGUUUCCUAACCUCUAAAUACAUCGCUUACAACUACACAACCAUCGCAACCACAUCUUACGGUGACCACUGGCGUAACCUCCGCCGCAUUUGCUCCCUCGAAAUCGUCUCCUCAAAACGUCUAGCCAAUUUUCUCCACAUCCGCAAAGAGGAGAUCCAACGCAUGCUCACGAGGCUCUCACGUGACGCCCGUGUCGGCAACGAGGUCGAGCUCGAGUCAGUCUUAUACGACCUAACGUUCAACAAUAUCGUGAGGAUGGUUACAGGGAAGAUAUAUUAUGGCGACGAUGUCAGCGACAAAGAAGAAGCAGAGCUGUUCAAGAAGCUUUUCACGUUCAUCACCACUAAUAGUGGCGCGAGGCAUCCUGGAGAAUACUUGCCAUUCAUGAAGAUAUUCGGUGGGAGCUUCGAGAAGGAGGUGAAAGCUGCUGCAAAAGUCAUCGAUGAGAUGUUGCAGCGUUUGCUUGACGAGUGCAAGAGUGAUAAAGACGGUAACACUAUGGUUAAUCACUUGCUCUCUUUGCAACAAGAUGACCCUGAGUACUACACUGACAUCAUUAUCAAAGGCCUAAUGCUGACUUGUUCUUCUUCUUCUCCUCGAUUAACACCAAAAUCCAUCGCCGGAGCUGGAGACGAUGCUUCUCAAUUCUUCCAUCACAAGACAAGUUACAGAGCACACACAACCACUCUCUUCUUCAUCCUCGUUUCUCUCUCCCUCUUCGGUUUCUUCUCUCUCUAUUGUUCCCCAAACACGAUUUAUCGAGCUGCCUUCUUCGCCACGACACGCCCCGCUAAAUCAAGAAUCGUUAGUUACGUGAUCAACACUCAAGAUUCAAGCCAUCAUCAAUUAUCCAACGGUUCUCGUAGGAUCAGAGCCGAAGCUGUUCUUUGGCCAGGAUGGGAGAUUCUGGUGAUCGUUUCACCGGAGGAAAAACUUAUGCCGCCGCAGCUUCCAGGAGAGAAUUACACAUGUUUUUACCCUAACGGAGAGAAAUCCACGGCGAGAUUCGCCGCGAUUCUGCCUUUCUCGAACCGUACAUCAUUCAGAUGCAGUCUUCCCGGAAUUUAUCGCCACCACCAUCCGAUUCCGACUCCGAUCCUCGCUUCUUCGAAAAGGUUCCAACUUUCGCCGGAAACACGUUGGCCUGAUCUACCUCUAUGGAAUUUCGUAGUUUUCGAAGCUAUUUCCACGGAAAACGACGUCGUUCUCUUCGUCAAGGGACCCAAUCGUGGAUUAGGUUCCAAUAAACCACCGGAGUCGUUUCGAUGUGUGUUUGGCGAGGAAUCCGAUACGGCCAUCAGAACCGCCGUGACGAGUUCCGUGCAAGAAGUAUUCCGAUGUUCAUUACCGAACAUGACGAUCGAUACGCCGAUCAAAAUAUACCUCGAGGCAGUAGCAACCGAUAAAGAGGAGACAAAGACCGUCCCGUCUGUGGCGUACUAUAGCCCCAAGCGCACGUUAGCGGAGCCAAGUGAGAAAGCGCUAUUGUGCGCGACGACAAUGGUGUACAAUGUAGCAAAGUAUCUGAGAGAGUGGGUGAUGUAUCACGCGGCGAUCGGAAUACAGAGAUUCAUCAUAUACGAUAACGGUAGCGACGACGAGUUAAACGACGUCGUUGAAGUGCUUAAUGGUGAAAAAUAUGACGUCAUCAAAGUUUUAUGGAUCUGGCCCAAGACCCAAGAAGCUGGGUUCUCCCACGCGGCGGUGUAUGGUAACGAUACAUGCACCUGGAUGAUGUAUCUCGAUGUAGACGAGUUUCUCUUCUCUCCGGCUUGGGAUAAACAAUCACAACCAUCAGAUGGGAUGAUUAGGUCUCUUCUACCGUCAGAUCAAAGCAUGAUCGGACAAGUGUCGUUUAAAUCACACGAGUUUGGACCGUCUAAUCAGACAAAGCAUCCACGUGAAGGUGUGACACAAGGUUACACGUGUCGACGAGAGGAAGAUCAACGGCACAAGUCGAUCGUGCGGCUGAGCGUGGUGGAGCAUUCUCUUUACACGGCGAUCCACCACUUCGGUUUAAAGGGAGAGUACGAGUGGCGCGUGGCGGACACGGAAGAGGGGGUGGUGAACCAUUACAAGUACCAAGCAUGGCGGGAGUUCAAGGCCAAGUUCAAACGGCGCGUGUCAGCUUACGUGGUGGAUUGGACUAGAGUUUCUAAUCCUAAGUCGAGAGAUCGAACUCCUGGGCUGGGCUUUAAGCCCGUUGAGCCGGACGGAUGGGCCUACAAGUUUUGUGAAGUCAUGGAUUUGAGGUUGAAGAGGUUAACCAGAAAAUGGUUCGGGUACCCGGUUAAAAACGGUUAUAGAAUGGCAUGGCAGAGAUAAGAUUGUAUUAGAGUACCGAUUGGUUAUUGUGUUAAUAGCAUAGUUCUUUUGGUGACAGAUUUUUUCUGUUUUUGUAACCAAGAUUUGAAGUUUUUGGUUAGGUGAAAGUACAGAAACUAAAAAUACUUUGAAACGUAAGUAGAGUUAUUUUAAGUCUAGUAGACUUAGUAGUCUCAAUGCCAUCUUGAAUCUCAUGAAUAAAUUCGGAUACAACAA